AUGGCGGCGCCUGACGCGGGCCCCGUCUCCCCGGACACGGGCACCGGCCCCGACUCCCCGGACUCCCCGGACACGGGCACCGGCCCCGACUCCCCGGACACGGGCACCGAUGCGGUGGAGCUGGGCUUCGUGGAGCGGGCGGCGCCGGAGCGGCUGCUGGGCUCGCAGUUCCCCAGCAAGGUGGGCGGGCGGCCGGCGUGGCUCAGCCUGGAGCUCCCGGGCCCGGAGCGGCUGCGGUGCGACGGGUGCGCGCAGCCGUUGCUCUUGUUGCUGCAGGUUUACGCGCCGCGGGAGCGCGCCUUCCACCGCGCGCUGCUGCUCUUCUGCUGCGCGGCCCCGCGAUGUGCGCGCCGCCGCUUCGUCGCCCUGCGGAGCCAACUCGGCCGAGUGAACGACUUCUACCCGGCGGAGCCGCAGCCCGAGGCCGAGGCCCCGCUCAGGCCGCCCCCGGAGCUCCGGCUCUGCCGCGUCUGCGGCGCCUCAGGCCCCAAGACUUGCUCCCGCUGCCGCCGGGCCCGGUACUGCGGGGAGGAGCAUCAGCGGGCCGACUGGAGGGCGGGACACCGAGCCGAGUGCGGCACCGCCGGUGCCGCCGGCGACCACACCGUUUCGACGCUGAAUUUGCUGUUUCCCGAGUUGGAGCUGGUGACGGAGCGGGAGGACGAGCAGGACGAGGACGAGUGCGGGGAGACAUUGUCGGCGGCGGCAGAUGUUUGCAUGUCUGAAGUUAUGGAGGAGAAGGUGCUGGAGGCCAUGGCAAAACAUGCAACAAAAGAAGAUCGGAUUUUUGCUAAAUUUAAGAAGAGGAUAGCGCUGGCUCCUGAUCAGGUGCUGCGUUAUGGUAGGGGAGGAAGCCCGUUGUGGGUAUCUGGCAAUAACAUUCCCACGGACAGCGACAUCCCAAAUUGUGCAUGUGGGGCAAAGCGUGAAUUUGAAUUUCAGGUAAUGCCGCAAUUACUGAACCAUCUGAAAGUGGAUCACCUUGGAGAAAGUUUGGACUGGGGAAUCCUUGUUGUUUACACGUGUACACAAAGCUGUGACCCUGGCAAUGCAUACAUUCUUGAAUUUAUCUGGAAACAGGAUUGCUCUGCAGAAUAGGUCUUAAUCAUUGUUGCACAAGAACAAAACCUUCAGUAUUUACAGAUGCAAUAUAAUUUAUUGUUCUUCCUCCACUAAUUCCUCACCACCUCCCUCUUCACAACCUUUUGUAGACACUUACUUUAAUGGGAAAUGUCUCUUUAUUCUUACUUCCAAAAAUGUAUGGAGAACAUUUAGCAGAGAAUUAGCCAGUUGCACCCAGUUUGUAUAUUUAAAAUUACUGAAUAAACGCACAGGCCUAUUUUGUAAAAGCUAGUUUUAUGAACUGAGAAAUAUUGUUAAGAAUGCCGAGAAAUGCUGCAGUGCUUGUGAUUUGAGCAGGUGAAGCAGAUCAUUUAAGAGGAGGAACUCAUCAGGGGAGAGAACAAUUCCAUGCACUUACAAUGAUUCACCUUUUGAAUUAGAAUAUCUAAUCGAGAUGAGUGGCAGGGAAAACGUGCAUGAAAAAUUAUCACAAAACUGGCAGAGGCCACCUUGCUCCUCAAAGCUGCCCUAAACUACUUCUCUGAGCCUGCUCUCUGCUCUACACCACUUCCCAGGGACUGCCAUUUUGAUUUACUGUGAAGGUCCUGCCCUCGUUUGACACCAAAAUGCAACACCUUGAACAUAUCUACAUUAAACUUCAUUAACCAUUCCUCAGCCCACUUGCCCAACUGAACUUCAGCGUCAUCAAAGAUGGAUACAAAAAACUGGUGUAACACAGCGGGUUAGACAGCAUAUCUGGAGAAAAGAACCUGGAGGCACACCAGAGUCACAGGCCAAUGGGCCCAGCACCCAACCCAGAGGCACACCACUAGUCACAGAAUACCUGGGUCUCAUUAAACUAGGACUGAUCCUGCAGUGGAUUGGAAAUACGGUGGGGAAGAGGAAGACCAAAGUUCAGAGAGCAGUUCACCGAUCUUUGUAAAAUUAAAUGGCUUUAUUAGAAAUGUAA